AUGCUGAUCUGUUUCGCGCUCAUGCUUUUGGCCAGCCGAAGGCCGGCCAAGAGAGCCUCAUAUUCCGCCUCGUUAUUGGAUGUCUGGAAGUUGAAUCGGAGGGCAUACUCAAUUUUGCCACCGUCCGGAGUUGUUAAUACCAAGCCGGCACCGCAGCCUUGCUGGUUUGCCGAGCCGUCUACAUGCAGAAUCCAGAGAGGAACGGAAGUGUCGAAGCGCUCGGCGUCCUUUCUCUCUGGCGCAGUGGGGAUAGCGCUCGGAAAGGGCGUUUCCGAUAGCGCAUGUGUGAGCUCGGAAAUGAAGUCGGCGACGGCCUGA